AUGACUGUAACAAACUCGGUCAGCCCGGACGCCAUCAGGGCCAUGUUCGCAUCCGCCCUUUCGAGCAUGUACCGACGCGAAGUUCCUCAAUAUGGCACUCUUCUCAAGUUGGUUUCUGAUAUCAACCACAAGAAACAACAAAAUAUCGAACCGCGUAUCGAAGUUGAGCGACACGGUGCUAUCAGGCUCGGAACACCGGAAGAGCUAUCUAUGAUGCGACGCUUAUUUUCCGUCAUGGGGAUGCAUUCCGUCGGCUACUACGACCUCACAGUUGCCAAUCUCCCAGUCCACGCCACUUGUUUUCGACCCCUCACACAACAAGCACUUGCUUACAACCCUUUCCGGGUAUUUACUUCACUAUUGAGGCUGGAACUCAUCGAGGAUGACGAGUUAAGAUCAAAAGCGACCAAGAUUUUGAGCAAGCGCUGCAUCUUCACAUCUCGUUGUGUAGAGCUUAUCGAGCAGUUUGAAUCACAAGGACCAUUGUCAGCAGCCACAGCAGAGGAAUUCAUCAAAGAGGCUCUAGAAACAUUUCGCUGGCACAAGACGUCAACCGUGGAUCUCAAGACAUACAAAGCCCUCCGAAAAGCACAUCCCUUGAUCGCAGAUGUCGUGUGCUUCAAAGGCCCUCACAUCAACCAUCUCACGCCUCGCGUCUUGGAUAUUGAAAUGGCGCAAAUGGAAAUGCUGCGCUAUGGUCUACAAGCAAAAGAUGCCAUAGAAGGACCACCGCCACGAUUAUGCCCCAUAUUACUUCGCCAGACCAGUUUUCUAGCCAUUGACGAAGCCAUCGCGUUCUCAGAAGGCGAAGAAACUGGAGGAAGCCACAAGGCCCGCUUCGGAGAGAUUGAACAACGAGGGAUGGCAUUGACGCCUAAGGGACGACAACUUUACGAUGAUCUCAUUAAUGAGUGGCGAGAGACCUCAAGUACUCUCACUGGAGCCGAGUCAAAAGAGAAGCAUCUGGCUAAGAUCUUCGAAAGAUUUCCUGACGAUAUAAAAACACUUCGAAAAGAGAAACUGGCCUACUUUUCAUACAGGCCUAUUCACAACGCGUCCAUAUCCCACGACGCUGAUAUCGACUCUCUUAUCAGUUCUGGAGCUGUUGAGGUUGAGCCCAUUACAUACGAAGACUUCCUGCCAGUUAGUGCCGCAGGGAUUUUCCAUUCAAAUCUCGGUGAUGACGGCGGUAUGAGCCACAUAGUAGGCGCUGACGAAAACUCAUUUGAGAAUAGUCUUGGAUGUUCUGUAAAGAGGGAAUUUGAGUUGUAUAGUGAGAUGCAGGAGGCUUCGAUUAGACGGUGUUUUGCCACUUCCUGCUAG